CUCAGUGGCGAGAGGAUGUGUGCCGCGCUGCUCCUCCUCCCCCAGUGCUCGAGUUGAAUAUGUCUCUCGCGCUACCUUACCUAACCUGCCUUCACCUGGCCGCACCUGACUUUGCUAGUGACCUCAUGUGACCUCUCCCUGCCACGUAAGGUCAAGGGUCAAGCGCUAUAUAUAUAAGUAAAAGAACCUCGGAGAUAUAGUUUUGCAAGCAGUUAGUGACCUGUUCGGAAAUGUUGGUCUUGCGUGUGACGGAAUGACACUUAACGGGAAAACAGGAAUAUGGCGCAGAGUGUUCUGAGGGAAGUGCUGGAAAAGGUGUUAAACUGACCCUGGAGCGAGGUGUGUGAUGUCUACCUGGACGAGGGAGACUUAAUUAAACCAACGCACCUGUCCACACACACACACACACACACACACACACACACACACACACCUGGUACCGGUAACUGGCUGCAUUACUAGGUGCUCCCUGCCGUCCAGCGUCACCCCUGCGUCUGUCCACCUGUCUGCCCGCCUCGUUACCUGGCGGGAGGGAAAGCAGAGUGGAGGCGGCGGACGAGAGACAAAGACGCAGCGGAGGGCGAAGAUAAGAACGAUUUUCGGAAAAUAAUAAUGUAAGAAAAGACGAGAAAAAAAAGUCGCAACAAUAAAUGGUAUAAAUUGUAUCAAAAGGAAAUUCUUACUUGAACUGCGUCUUUUACAGUAAAAUAUCAGUGUAUAUAAAAUUAAAGAAUCCAUUCCUUAGUCUUUACAAAUAGAGAGGAAAGAACGAACGCCUUGAAAUAGCGAAGGAAUGUAAAAAAAUAAAAAAUAAAUAAAAAAUGUGAGAAGAGCGAGGAAGCGAAACUAACGAAGAGAGGGAAGACACGAAGUGAAAAAUACAAAAAAUAAACAAAAGAAAUAAGAGUAAAUAAAAUGAAUAAAAGUAAUAAAGACGAAUCCAAAUAAUUAAUGUAUCUACAAUGUGAGGAAGUGAAGAAAGGACAGACAUGAAGAAUGAAGAAAUAUAAGCUUUAAAAAUGAGAGGAAAACAAGAAUAAAAGAGAAAACUAAGUAAAAGUGGAAGAGGUAAAGAAAAAAAAAGGAGGCAAAAUGGGGUGAAAACAAGGAAAGGAGGAGACGAAACAAAUAAAGAACAAAGCGAGAAAAAUAAAACAUAGACAAAAGCUAGAAAGAGAGAGAGACGAGAAAACAUUUAGUGUGAACAGAGAAAGAAAGAACGAAAACCAAAAAAUAAAGAAAAGAAAAAAAGAAUAACUAAAAAAAAGAAGAAAAGAAAACAAAUCUCAAACUAGACACAAAAGAAAAAAAGUGAGAAAAUUUGACAAAAAAAGAAAAUCACAGAAACCAAAAGUAAACCGAAAGUGAGAAAAAUAAAGAUAGUGAAAUAGCUUUUAAAAUAUGCGAGAGGUGAGAUAUACAAGACCAGAACAGAACCGUGACCCACAAUGCAUACGAGAUGGCUGAACAGGUUCCAUACACGUACAAGAUGACCGGGAGAGAGAGAGAGGGACACCAGUGGAGGAGAAAGUGGAGAUCAAAGUGGAGAUCAAAAGUCAGACUCCUCCUCCUUCUCCUCCCUCCUCCACCCCGACUCCACCCACCUCCACCUGCUCCACCACACUGCUCUUCCUCUCCUCCUCCUCCUCCGCCUCCUUCUUCAUCUCUUCGUUUCGGUGGAGGUAUCGGAGGAGGUAGUGGAGGUAGCGAGGGAGGAUUGAACGUGACUCAUCUCCCGGUUCUCCUCCUCCUCAUCUCCCUCCUCGCCUCCCUUCCUCGCCCGUGUCUAGGUGUUGCGGCGGCGGCCGAGCACGUGGUGGGGGUGGCGGGGGGCCGCGCGGAGCUGCCCUGCCACAUCCACACCACCGCGCCCAACGACCGGCCCAUCCUGGCGCUGUGGUACGUGCAGGGACGCCGCCUUCCCGUUUACAGCUACGACGCGCGGGGAGCCAAGGGCCUCUACCAGCCCGACGAGGUGCUGGCGGGCCGCGGCACCUUCGACACGUCCUCCUCGCCUGCCAAGCUGCACAUCGACCCCGUGGCCUCCAGUGACCAGGGCCUCUACACAUGCCGAGUUGACUUCCUGCACUCGCCCACACAUAACACCGUGGCCAACCUGACUGUCAUUGAGCCACCGCGCAACCUGACCAUCGUGAACGAGUCCGGGGUGCAAGUUCGACACAGGAUUGGCCCGAUUAAUGAGGGCGCCCCGCUCACCCUCGCUUGCUACGUGACCGGCGGCCGCCCCCAGCCCACGGUCACCUGGUGGUCGGACCGUCUACUGGUGGAGCGCAAGAGUGAGGUUACGGCCAAGGGUCAGAUAAGGUCAGAGCUGCGCAUCCCGGAGGUGAACCGCGCGCACCACAUGAAGGUGUUCUCCUGCCAGGCGCAGAACAACAACCAACAGCGCCCACUCUCGCAGGAGGUCACCAUCGAUAUGAACUUGCGUCCCCUCAACGUGCGUGUGGAGCAGCGCGCGGACCCCCUCCUGGCCGGCCAGCAGUACACCUUCUCCUGCGAGAGCCAGGGCUCGCGGCCCCCCGCCACCAUCACCUGGUUUGAGGACGGCGAGGAGGUGGACGCCAUGAGGACCCACACGCGCUCCAGCCCCGGGGACAUCACCACCGGCACCGUGACCAUCGUGCCCACCCAGGGGGACCACGAAAGCACGCUCAAGUGCCAGGCGAGCAAUGAACUGGUGCCGGGCAGUGCCAUCUCGGACUCAGUGGAGCUCAACGUGCAGUACGCCCCCGUGGUGGUGCUGGAGAUGGGCCGUAACCUCGUCCCCUCAGCCAUCAAGCAGGGCGAUGACGUGUACUUUGAGUGCCGCGUCAAGGCCAACCCAACGCCCUACAGAGUCACCUGGGCGAGGAGCCACGAGGAGGUUCGGCACAACGCAUCGCAAGGGGUCAUCCUCAGCGGGAACAGCCUGGUGCUUCAGCAGGUGGAGAGAAGCAGCGCGGGGGAGUACACCUGCUCGGCCACCAACACCCGGGGCACGCAGACCUCCAACCCCGUCACCCUGGAUGUCAUGUACCCGCCGGAGUGCAUGAUGGACAGGACCACGGUGCUUGCUGUUGGCCGCGGAGAGAGAGUGAACAUUUCCUGCAGAGUGGCCAGCAACCCGCCCAGAGCAACCUUCCACUGGCGUCUGAACGGGUCGGAGCGCACCUACACUUCGCGGGGGGAGCCGCUGCCUUGGGGCCACGUGGCGUCGCACUACGCCUUCGAGGGUGCGUCGGACAAGGACUACGGGAUGCUGCACUGCUGGGCCAACAACAGCGUGGGCGUGCAGGAGCAGCCGUGCGUGUUCCAGAUCAUACCCGCAGGUCCGCCCUCCUCCCCCGAGCGGUGUGCCGUCAUCAACAACACGGCGGAGAACAUCGAGGUGCAGUGUGAGCGGGGCUUCGACGGCGGCAUGCGGCAGCUGUUCCUCGCCGAAGUGUACGCCGAGGGGGGGACGCUGCACCUCAACCGCACCUCCGACGAGCCGGUCUUCUCGGUGGAGUCGCUUCGGCCCGGCACCGCCUACAGCAUCAGGGUGUCAGCGUUCAACGAGAAGGGAAGGUCGCCCGCCAUCCACCUCGACGCCGUGACCUUGAAAGUGGCCGAGCAGCGCGUGGGUGAGAACAAGUCCCUCUUCUAUUCGCCUCUCAUCAUCAUCUUCCUCGCCAUCGUUGGAGUCUUCCUCACCCUCAUCCUCAUCCUCAUCCUCCUCACGCGGUGGAGGAAGAACAACACCAACCCCUCCUCCGACUCCUCCGCCUCCUCCGCCACCCAGCACGGACGAGCGAAGUCACCCCCGGAAGAGAGGGAAAACGAGGGCAAGGUGAAGGAAGAAAACGGGAAUCAAGGUAGCGGCGGGAAGACCAAGAAGAAGGUGGUGGUCGUAGAAAACGGGAUGAAGGACAGAGUGGGUCACGUGAUCUCUGACGUCAGCAGUUCCAAAGAUGCCUUGCUGGGACCCGCCGCCCUCACGCUGGCCAACGGGUGCGCCGGACACUACAGCAGCCUAGGAAGAGCCGCGCCCCCUUCCAACACCCUGCCGCGGCCGCCCCUGCCCUCCACCACGCCCUCACACACCCGGCCGCUAACCUCCACCACCCACUCCAUCCCUCCCUCGCACUCCCACUCCCUCUCCCUCUCGAACCCCCAGCAUCCCUUACCCUCGAGUUCCUCCCACACGAGUUUCCUCCACCCCUCCAUCCCCCACCCCUCCAGCGAUGACAGGGGUGGGUAUAUGUAUGCGAGGUACUCAGAAACCCUCCCUAGAAACCAUGGCAGGGGGAGUAGAGACCUGGACGAGUACACGAGUGACCUAUAUGGCAGGGGUGGAGGUGGAGGUGGUGGUGGUGGUGGUGGUGGUGGUAGGGGUAAUGGUGGUGGCGGUGGUGGUGAUAGUGGUGUGUCGGGGUACAGAAGAAGGGGAAGCAUCAAUUUGGAAGGGUACAGCAGUGGUGUUGGUGGUGGUGGUGGUGUAGGUGGUGAUGAGUUUAUGGAUAGUAUGUACAGAGGCAGUGGCGGCGGUGGUGGUGGUGGUGGUGUGAAUGGUGGUGCAGGUGACGGGUAUCGAAGUGGUGUCUUGGGUGUUGGUGUUGGCGGACUGUCGCGGUUAAGAGCAUAUGAGGCUUAUGAGAAGAGUGCUGGAAUCGGAGGAGGAGGAGGAGGAGGAGGAGGAGGAGGUAGUGGAGGAGAAGGAGAAAGAGAGGGAGGAGAAGGACGCGAGGAUGAAGGAGAAGGAGGAGGAGGAGAAGGAAGAGGGAGUGAAUCAUAUUACCUUACAGGAGGAGGAGGAGGAGGAGGAGGAGGUGGAGGUAAUGGAGGUGGAGGUAAUGGAGGAGGAGGAGGUAAAGAGAGGUAUAAUUUGCUCGAGGAGAUAAGAAAUAACCCGAAAUAUGUGGUAAGGACCCGGGGAGGUGACGGAAACGACGAGAGUUUUGUGUGAAGGUGACGAGACGGGGGGCGAAAGUGACCUCCUGUGGCAGUGAAAGUGAGCUGAAAGUGACGUGAAAGUGAGUGACAUGAAAGAACGAAAAAUAAACGAAAAUGAGGAAGAGGAGAUGGAUAAUAACAAGAGCUUUGUGUGAAGGUGACGAGACGGGGGGCGAAAGUGACCUCCUGUG